AUUCCUGACGGUACCUGAAGGCAGCAGGAGUAUUGCAGCGCCAAAUGAAAUAAGGUGCUUAGAGGUAGCAGCGAUUCAAAGCACAUAUUCUUCAAAUUUAGACAGUUUCCCUCAACACACACCAUGUUUCAUAACAGGACUGCGUGGUUUUCAGACAGUGUCACACAGGCCCGCCGCAACUUUUGGAUGACUGAAGGUGGCGCCAUUGCCAGCUGGAGAAAAGCAGAGUACCUUUUCAGUGAUAAUGCUGCCUGCCCUGAUACUGUGAGGAUAUUUGAGAGCAGAGAUUACCUUUGGAACCAGGUGACAGUGUUUCACAGCUUGUUUCUGUCUGCUUGUGAGAAGCGCCAGAGUGUGAAGUCUGUGAGUAUUGGCCACUACGUGCUGCCUCCAGCCCGUGUACAGGACGAGGUGAGAGAUGUGGUUGGGAGGUUCAUUUGGGAGCCAGAAGAUGAUCAGUCAACAACACAGAGCUCAUGUAGGAGUUUCGGUUCAGAGACGGAUGAUGAAAUGAGCAGCAGCGACACUGAAGAAUCUGACUCAGAGGCAUCACAGAAUGAAGCCAUUCUGUCUUUCGAAGCAGAGGAUUAUCCCGCCAACAACAUGCUUACAGGGUAUGUCAGCAUGGAUAACCUGCAGAAAUAUUCAGGAGACCUUGGAGAUUUCUAUCCUGGGUGUUUCAGAUGCUGUGUGUGUAAGGCCCGAUGCUACAGAGUGAGUGUUGGCCUGCACAGAUAAUGACAUUUACGAAGUCAAAAACACACAUUUG